AUGAAAUUAUUUAAGUGUUAAGAUAUUGCGCACGAAGGAGAAACUAUUUAAGGAUUCUGUUUAAAUUUGGAAUGCUAAGAUUCAAGACCUUAAUUCUGUCUAUAAUGUGGAUUUGACCCUAAGAAGCAUUCUAAUUGCAAGAAAGAUCUAAAAGGAUUUUGUUAGAUUUAAACUUUUAUCCCGAAAUUCAAUUAGAAUAUACUUGAUUUAGCAACCUAAUUGAAUAAGUCAUUCACAUAAGUCAAAGUAAAAUAUGAAGAAUUCUCAAAAUAAUUAGAGAAUAUGAAACUAAAACUAGUUAAGAUAUCUGAAUGUUUAAGUCAAUAAGAUUAUUAAUAUAUGAAAGACAAUUUGUAAGUGAUUAAGGAAUGGUAUUAAUAUUUAAACAAUUAAGAGUAGAUUAUGAAAUAGAAUUAAAUUGGUAUUUUCUUUUAAGUAAUAUUUAUAGGAACUUAAUUAGUUAGAAUAAAAAGAAUGAUUAAAGCAUUGGAUAUAGAAAAAGGAUAAUAAUAAAUUUAAGAUAUAAAAUAAGAUAAUGAAAAUGCACUCUAGUAAGGUAUUUGAGUCUUUCAUAAUUAAAUUAGGAGUACAAUUACUUAAUUAAUAGAAAUGGCAUGAGGCUAAUGAAAAUAUUACCUUAUACAUAAAAUAAUCAGAGAAACAAUAAUCAUUGGCAAAAUUGGUGAAAAGUAAUUAGAUAAAUAUUUUAAAUAAUUAGGUAUUUGUUUAAUUGAAAUGAAUUAACCAGGAUAAGGAAUUAUUAUGAGAGAAUAGGCCAAAAAGAUGAAUAAUAACCUGUAUAGAGAUCUAUUGGAUUAUUCAGAUCAAGAAUUAAUUAAAACACCAUAAAGUUCUUUUAUGUUAAUAGCAAAAAGUUUAAAAAAUGUUUAAUUUUUGUAGGCUAUGCUUUAAAUGAAGAAAAGAAAUUUCAAGAGGCAAUUGAGUUAUGCGAAAAUGUCCUGAGAGAAGAACCCUAACAUCUUCACGCUUUGUAUAGAAAAAGUAAUUGUUUAUAUAGAAAAAGAGGCUAUUCUUUAUAUGAUUUGGCUCAAUACUCAUAAGCAAUUUUAUGUGUGGAUGUAGCUCUAAAAUAUAAUCCAUAGUACAGUAUUGGUUAUGCUUCAAAAGGUAUUUAUUUAGGUAUUAUUUUAGGAGUUGCCUUAGACAAUCUUAAGAAAUAUGAUGAUGCAAUUAUUUGCUAUGAUAAAGCAAUCUAAAUAGAUCCUAAUUAUGCAAUAGCCUAUAUCAAUAAAGGUUUGUAAAUUCUUGAUUGUAUUAGGAGAGACUUUAGAAAAUCUUGAGAAAUAUGAUGAUGCAAUUAUUUGCUAUGAUAAAGCAAUCUAAAUAGAUCCGAAUUAUGCAAUGGCCUAUAUCAAGAAAGGUUUUUAAUUUUUUGAUUGUAUUAGGAGAUACUUUAGAAAAUCUUAAUAAAUACAAUGAUGCGAUUAUUUGCUAUGAUAAAGCAAUCUAAAUAGAUCCGAAUUAUGCAAUGGCCUAUAUCAAUAAAGGUUUGUAAAUUCUUUAUUGUUUUAGGAGAGACUUUAGAAAAUCUUAAUAAAUACAAUGAUGCGAUUAUUUGCUAUGAUAAAGCAAUCUAAAUAGAUCCGAAUUAUGCAAUGGCCUAUAUCAAUAAAGGUUUGUAAAUUCUUUAUUGUUUUAGGAGUUGCCUUAGGUAAUCUUAAGAAAUAUGAUGAUGCAAUUAUUUGCUAUGAUAAAGCAAUCUAAAUAGAUCCGAAUUAAUCAAAAGCCUAUAAAUAUAAAGGUUUGUAAUACCUUAAUUGUAUUAGGUGAUUUAUUACAACAUAUCAAGAAAUACUCUUCAGCUAUGGAGAAUUAUCAGCAGGCUAUCAAAUAUUGCAAAUCAGAUGAAAAUGAAUUUAAGCGUUUAAUUAUGGAAUUAAAGAAUACAAAAUGA